UCUCCGUCGUUCGAUUUGACUCGUUCGUUCAUGAACAAUCUCGUAUUUGUUUGAGACUUUGAGUUGAAAUAUGAACAUUGAUCAUCGGUCGUUUUAUCUCUUUGUCCUCAGAUAAUGUAGUUUUAUCGUGCUUGGCCAGUUGAGAAAGUGUUUUCAGUCGGAAAUUUGCCAUUUUUGGCCUGUUUCACGUCAAGUCGAUGUCGAAGGAUGUCCAAUUUCAAAAGAUGCUGUACUAUUUUCAAAUUCUGUCUGUAUGUCGUCUUGUUCCUUCUCCUUUCCCUCUCGCUCAUCGUCGUCUCUGUCCAACGGGGGUUGAACAAUGAAGACAAAACAGCACUUUUCGGAGGGAUUUUCGUCAUUUUGGCGUUGCCCGUCUCUCUUUGGGAAAUCAUAAAUCAUUUGAUUUUUUACUCGAGACCCUCACUCCAGAAACAUAUCAUCAGAAUACUAUGGAUGGUACCAAUAUACGCCCUAAACGCUUGGCUCGGCCUGGUACACCCAGAUCAAGGGAUUUAUUUCGAUUGUGCCCGUGAAUGCUAUGAAGCUUAUGUAAUAUACAACUUUUUGGUUUAUCUUCUUCAUUACCUGAACGAGGAAAUGGAUUUGGAAAUAAAUCUGUCGCUGAAACCGCAAGUUAAGCAUUAUUUUCCUUUGUGCUGGUUGCCCAACUGGAAGAUGGGGAGAGAGUUCGUGCACAGGUGUAAACAUGGUAUUUUACAAUACACCAUAAUAAGGCCUUUAACAACAGGAAUCGCUUUCAUAUGUGAAUUGAACGGUGUUUAUGGUGAAGGUGAAUUUCGUGUGAAUGCCGCAUUCCCUUACAUCAUCGGGAUUAACAACGUGUCACAGUUUUUGGCGAUGUAUUGUUUAGUGUUGUUUUACAAAGCCAACAGGGAAGAGCUGAGGCCGAUGGAGCCAAUAGGAAAAUUUGUCUGCAUCAAAGCUGUCGUAUUCUUUUCGUUUUUUCAAGGCGUUUUAAUAUCAAUUGCGGCUUACUACGGCAUCCUGAAUAUGUAUUUCGACGUUCCUAAAGAUGUUUCUGCAAAUUAUCUAUCCAAUAGAAUACAGAAUUUUCUUAUCUGUCUGGAAAUGUUCAUUGCCGCUAUCGCUCAUCACUACAGUUUUUCCUAUAAACCUUAUGUUAAUUAUUUGGUUGAAAAUGUAUCAUUGUGUGAUGCUUUUUAUGCGAUGUGGGAUGUUUCCGAUGUCCAAGCUGAUCUCAAAGAACAUUUCGGCGUGGUCGGAAGUUCGAUUAGCAAUAUAAAUACAAGGAUAAGAGGACAUUCGACUAAUGACGAAGAGCGUUCUCCCAUCUCACCAAAUUGUCAAUCAACAUCCACAUACAGCAGUAUAUUAUCUUAACACUUUCGUUUUAUUACGACUCCUAGUUGAAAUUGUAAGGACAGUCAGUGUCGUAUUAAAUAUGACCAUUCUAAUUUUAAGCGUACAACAAUAACUGCUGAGAAUAUUUUGUCGUUUUUUUCUCUCCGUUCAUAAACUAAUCGGGGAAAUUUUUCCCGUGGGAGUUUUCAUUUUUUUUAAGCUUUUUGAAUUAAUAGUUUUUUAUUUUUUUUUACAACUUGUAAUUUAGGGUAAAAUUAUAUAAAAAAAUAUAAAUAAAUAAACCUUGUGUAGACUGAUCUUAUAAACAAGUUGUAAUUAUUAUUUAAACUUUGUAUGAAAAAGUAAAUAAUUUCUAAUGAGAAUGAAAUCAUACAUUUCUUGAUAACAUUUACGUUUCCUUUUUAUGAAUCAUCAUCAGCCAAAAUUCAUUCUGGCUCUUAAUUAUAUUUAGAAAAAACUGAAAAGCAAAUGAAAAUGCCUGAUUAAUCAAAGUGCAAAUUAUCUACCUCUUAUUUAUUAUGUAUUAAAAAAAGGUUUUUAUAGUUUAUAUCACUAAAUGUAAACUGGUAUUCAAUUUGGGUUAUUUAGUACUAAAUUGUUUUAGUAGUCAUUAAUUUAUUAUAUUGCCUGUGAUGUAUCAUAUUUUAAUGAAGUUGCUCAACGUUUUGUGUGCAAACAUGGUCCUUCAUUUUUGUUAACUUUUUGCUUGUUGAAUUUUUGAACGGACAUAGGAUAAUUAAUUUGUAAUUGUAAAAAUUCAUGUAUAUAAGUUAAUUGAAGAAUUAUAUUUUUUUACUUUUAAGC